CACAGAAGAAGGCGGGGCUAAGAAGAUUCCAGUUAUAAAAGCUUUCCUCCUCCUGUGUGAAGAGAUCAGCAGAAUCCUUGGGUGAGAGAAAAUCCUGCUAGAUAAGAACUAUCACUUACGAAGAGAUGUCCUUUGGGGGAACCAGGCUCAGCAUGAGGAGCAGAAGGAACGGCACUCUGGACAGCACCCGGACCCUGUACUCCAGCGCGUCUCGGAGCAUAGACUUGUCUUACAGUGAAAGUGACUUGGUGAAUUUUAUUCAAGCAAAUUUUAAGAAAAGAGAAUGUGUCUUCUUUACCAAAGAUUCCAAGGCCACGGAAAAUGUGUGCAAGUGUGGCUAUCCCCAGAGCCAGCACAUGGAAGGCACCCAGAUCAACCAAAAUGAGAAAUGGAACUACAAGAAACACACCAAGGAAUUUCCCACGGAUGCCUUCGGGGAUAUUCAGUUUGAGACACUGGGGAAGAAAGGGAAGUAUAUCCGUCUAUCCUGCGACACGGACGCGGAGAUCCUCUACGAACUGCUGACCCAGCACUGGCACCUGAAAACGCCCAACCUGGUCAUUUCUGUGACCGGGGGCGCCAAGAACUUCUCCCUGAAGCCGCGCAUGCGCAAGAUCUUCAGCCGGCUCAUCUACAUCGCGCAGUCCAAAGGCGCUUGGAUUCUCACAGGAGGCACCCAUUAUGGCCUGAUGAAGUACAUCGGGGAGGUGGUGAGAGAUAACACCAUCAGCAGGAGUUCAGAGGAGAAUAUUGUGGCCAUUGGCAUAGCAGCCUGGGGCAUGGUCUCCAACCGGGACACCCUCAUCAGGAAUUGCGAUGCUGAGGGCUAUUUUUCAGCCCAAUACCCUAUGGAUGACUUCACGAGAGACCCUCUGUAUAUCCUGGACAACAACCACACCCAUCUGCUGCUCGUGGACAACGGUUGCCAUGGACAUCCUACCGUGGAAGCAAAGCUGCGGAAUCAGCUAGAGAAGUACAUCUCUGAGCGCACUAUUCAAGAUUCUAACUAUGGUGGCAAGAUCCCUAUUGUGUGCUUUGCCCAAGGAGGUGGAAGAGAAACAUUGAAAGCCAUCAACACCUCCAUCAAAAGUAAAAUUCCUUGUGUGGUGGUGGAAGGCUCAGGCCAGAUCGCUGAUGUGAUCGCCAGCCUGGUGGAGGUGGAGGAUGCCGUGACGUCUUCUGCCAUCAAGGAGAAGCUGGUACGCUUUUUACCCCGCACGGUGUCCCGGCUGCCUGAGGAGGAGACCGAGAGUUGGAUCAAAUGGCUCAAAGAAAUUCUUGAAAGUUCUCACCUAUUAACAGUUAUUAAAAUGGAAGAAGCUGGGGAUGAAAUUGUGAGCAAUGCCAUCUCCUACGCUCUAUACAAAGCUUUUAGCACCAAUGAGCAAGAUAAGGAUAACUGGAAUGGGCAGCUGAAGCUUCUGCUGGAGUGGAACCAGCUAGAUUUAGCCAAUGAUGAGAUUUUCACCAAUGACCGCCGAUGGGAGUCAGCUGACCUUCAAGAAGUCAUGUUUACGGCUCUCAUAAAGGACAGACCCAAGUUCGUCCGCCUCUUUCUGGAGAACGGCUUGAACCUGCGGAAGUUUCUCACCCACGAUGUCCUCACUGAGCUCUUCUCCAACCACUUCAGCACGCUUGUGUACCGGAAUCUGCAGAUCGCCAAGAAUUCCUAUAAUGAUGCCCUCCUCACGUUUGUCUGGAAACUAGUUGCAAACUUCCGAAGAGGUUUCCGGAAGGAAGACAGAAAUGGUCGGGAUGAGAUGGACAUAGAAUUCCAUGAUGUGUCUCCUAUCACUCGGCACCCCCUGCAAGCUCUCUUCAUCUGGGCCAUUCUCCAGAACAAGAAGGAACUCUCCAAAGUCAUUUGGGAGCAGACCAGGGGCUGCACUCUGGCAGCUCUGGGAGCCAGCAAGCUUCUGAAGACUCUGGCCAAAGUGAAGAAUGACAUCAAUGCUGCUGGGGAGUCCGAGGAGCUGGCUAAUGAGUACGAGACCCGGGCGGUCGAGCUGUUCACCGAGUGUUACAGCAGCGAUGAAGACUUGGCAGAACAGCUGCUGGUCUAUUCCUGUGAAGCUUGGGGUGGAAGCAACUGUCUGGAGCUGGCGGUGGAGGCCACAGACCAGCAUUUCAUCGCCCAGCCCGGGGUCCAGAAUUUUCUUUCUAAGCAAUGGUAUGGAGAGAUUUCCAGAGACACGAAGAAUUGGAAGAUUAUCCUGUGUCUGUUUAUUAUACCCUUGGUGGGCUGUGGCUUUGUAUCAUUUAGGAAGAAGCCUGUCGAUAAGCACAAGAAGCUGCUUUGGUACUACGUGGCGUUCUUCACCUCCCCCUUCGUGGUCUUCUCCUGGAACGUGGUCUUCUACAUCGCCUUCCUCCUGCUAUUUGCCUAUGUGCUGCUCAUGGAUUUCCAUUCGGUGCCGCACCCCCCUGAGCUGGUCCUGUACGCGCUGGUCUUUGUCCUCCUCUGUGAUGAAGUGAGACAGUGGUACAUAAAUGGGGUGAAUUAUUUUACUGACCUGUGGAAUGUUAUGGACACGCUGGGGCUUUUUUACUUCAUAGCAGGAAUUGUAUUUCGGCUCCACUCUUCUAAUAAAAGCUCUUUGUAUUCUGGACGAGUCAUUUUCUGUCUGGACUAUAUUAUUUUCACUCUAAGAUUGAUCCACAUUUUUACUGUAAGCAGGAAUUUAGGACCCAAGAUUAUAAUGCUGCAGAGGAUGCUGAUCGACGUGUUCUUCUUCCUGUUCCUCUUUGCGGUGUGGAUGGUGGCCUUUGGUGUGGCCAGGCAAGGGAUCCUCAGGCAGAAUGAGCAGCGCUGGAGGUGGAUAUUCCGCUCGGUCAUCUACGAGCCCUACCUGGCCAUGUUUGGCCAGGUGCCGAGUGAUGUGGAUGGUACCACGUAUGACUUUGCCCACUGCACCUUCACUGGGAAUGAGUCCAAGCCGCUGUGCGUGGAGCUGGAUGAGCACAACCUGCCCCGGUUCCCCGAGUGGAUCACCAUCCCCCUGGUGUGCAUCUACAUGCUGUCCACCAACAUCCUGCUGGUCAACCUGCUGGUCGCCAUGUUUGGCUACACGGUGGGCACCGUCCAGGAGAACAAUGACCAGGUCUGGAAGUUCCAGAGGUACUUCCUGGUGCAGGAGUACUGCAGCCGCCUCAAUAUCCCCUUCCCCUUUGUCGUCUUCGCUUACUUCUACAUGGUGGUGAAGAAGUGCUUCAAGUGUUGCUGCAAGGAGAAAAACGUGGAGUCUUCUGUCUGCUGUUUCAAAAAUGAGGACAACGAGACUCUGGCGUGGGAGGGUGUCAUGAAGGAAAAUUACCUUGUCAAGAUCAACACGAAAGCCAACGACACUUCAGAGGAAAUGAGGCAUCGGUUUAGACAACUGGAUACAAAGCUGCGGAGGGAACAUAAAGAAGGCUCAAAGGAGCUUGCUGGGAGCCUGUGUGCCUGGAUGCUAGUCUUUGCUGCCACUCAGAUUUGUUGCCUGUUUUAUUCGGAGGGCAUUGCAAAUGUGUGAGUAGGCAUAUGAACACCAGGCAUAGACAGAGUGUCUGCCCUCACUCUGAGCUGGGUAGCUGAAAUUAUAAUCAGGUUCAAAUCACAAUCGGAAAUCACAUUCCAUUCACAAAUGCUAGAUUCCUGCCAGGCUCUGGAGAGGAGAUGAUAUUUGGUAUCCUACCACAUUAUUUUGAGAAUGGCAUCCUGGAUGAUGACAUUCAUAGACCUCCCAGUAUCGUGGCUAUUUGGUGGGUAGACAAGAUCUCAUCUGGUUCAGCAAAAUCACCCAGUACCUUGUCCACGGUAGAGCCUUAAUAAACGUUUAUUGAAUGAAUAAAUGAAUGAAAGGAGUCCUUAGCUGAGCUCCCAUAUGAGAAUUUGUCUCUUUACAGUUUCUUGUUUAUUUAUUUAUGGGUUAUUUACCCCCAACAUGUAAAAAAAAAUUAGGCAGUAGUGGCAGCUGUGAAGGCUGUAAGUCUAGAGAACCCUGGAUUGUUCUAAGCAGCUGAAAUGAGGGGCAGCAUGAACGCCGAGUGGGAAGAAGAGGGGGGUCUGCCUGGGAACUUGCUUGCCUCUUUAUAAAGUUGAGUUUUAUUCCCAUGCAAAGAAAGGUUUGGGGAGUUUUAAAACCCAAGAGGAACCUAUCUGGAAUCUUCCUUUCCAAGUGCUCCCUGAGUGACCCGAAUGGUCAUGGAGGAGAGGCUCCAGCAAUCUGGUUGAGAAGUUAGUUGUGCUAAGAACUCUUUGAGGUGGUGUGUUUGUAGAGAAAAUAGUCUAUUUUAGUGUGUUUUGUUGUUUUGUUUUUUUAUUGUGAGUUUAUUUGGGGUGACUUUGGAGGGAGCCAAUGCAAAGCCAUCUCAGGGUUUAGGCCAAAGCCUCCCCAAGCCACACCUUGGUCCUGACCCUGCUGUGGGACAGGCAGAGAGUGGACAGAGGAGGGCAGCAACAGUGGAUGCAGGUAGAGAUGGACAGAGUGGGAGCCUUGGCUCUAGCCUGGGCCCUAGGUCAGAGGAGAAGCAGUAGAAUUGUGGAUACGGGACCAGCCAACCUGACUCCCAGGGUCCAGGAUGCUCGCCAGCCUCAACCUCCACUGAGCAGCACAGAGCCUCGGCCGUCACGCAGGAGGGCCCAUCGCCUCGCUCCCCUUCUCCCAUUCUUCCUGCCCUCUGUCUCUCUCUCUCUCUUUAAUUCCCUCCUCUGUCCUCUUACCCCCCCUCUGAACAACAAAAAAACCCUCCUUUUUACUCACAUAGAAUUUUAGGGAUCAUCGUCUGUUUCUCAAGAAAGCUUCUGGAGUCUUCUACAUUUAUUUUUUAACAGCUUUAUUAAGAUAUGUCAAUGGACAUAUAAAAUUAUAUAUAUUUAACAUGUAUAAUUUGAUGUUUUGAUGCCUGUAUACAUUGCAAAAUGAUCACUACAACCCAGCCCAGCUAAUUAACAUCUUAUCGCUUCUUCACAUUUCCCAUCUGUGAGUGUUGUAUGUAUGUGUGAGGGAAUGAGAUGAACUUAAAAUGUCUCCUCCUGGCAAAUUUCAUGGGAACAAUACAGUACUGUUACUCUUGUCACCAGGCUGUACAGUCAUCUCUAGACUUUAUUUAUCUUGCAUAACAGGAACUUUCUGCCCUUUGACCAACGCCACCUUAUGUGCCCCUUCUUAGCCCCUGGCAACCAUCAUGCUACUUUCCGCCUCGAUGGGUGUGACUCUUACAUUUCACAUGUAAGUGAGAUCACGCAGUAUUUCUCUUUCUGUGUCUGGUUUAUUUUGUUUAGUAUAAUGUCCUCCAGUUCUACUUAUGCUGUGGAAAAUGGCAGGAUUUCUUUCCUUAUUUUAAGUCUGGAGAAUAUUCCGUUAUAGGUGUGGACCACAUUUUCUUCAUCCAUCGAUAUCCUGAUGGACAUUAGGUAGUUUCCGUAUUUUGGCUAAUGUGACUCACGCUGCAGUUAAUGUGAGAGUGCAGGUAUCUCUUUGUGAUCCUGAUUUCAAUUCCUUUGGAUGUAAACCCAGAGGUGGGAUUGCUGGAUCAUAUGAUAAUUGUACUUUUCUUAGGAACUCCUAUACUGUUUUCCAUAUAGCUAUGUCAACUUACCUUCCCACCAACAGUGUGCAAAAGUUCUUCUUUUCCUGCCUCCUUGCCAACACUUAUCAUUUGCCUUUUUGAUAAUAACUAUCAUAACAGGUGUGAGGUGCUGUCUCACUGUGGUUUUGAUUUGCAUUUCCCUGAUGAUUAAGUGUUAAGUACCUUUUUAUAUACCUGUCUGACAUUUGAAUUUCUUCUUUUGAGAAAUGUCUAUUUAAGUUUUCGUGCACUUUAAUCUAAACUGCUUAAAUUGAACAAAGAUAGCUCUUUGUUAAUGUAUAGAAAUGCCAUCGAUGUUUGUAUUUUGACUUUGUAUCCCGCAAGUUUACUGAAUUUGUUAGUUUUAACAGUGUGUUUGUCUCUCUCUCUCUGUGUAUUUGUGUGUGUGUGGCUUUAGGAUUUUCUACGUAUAAGAUUAUGCUAUUUGCAAACAGAGAUCAUUUUACUUUUUUCUUUUUGAUUAAAUGCCUUUUCUUUUCUUUUUUUCUUGUCUGAUUUCUCUGGCUAGAACUUCUCGUGCUAUGUAAAAUAGCAGUGGGAAGAAUGGGCAUCCUUGCCUUGUUCUAGAUCCUAGAGAAAAAGCUUUCAGCUUUACCCCGUUAAAUACGAUGUUAGUUGGGGAUUUUGUGGUAAGUUCUUUCUAUACCUAUUUUGUUGAGGGCCUUUUUUUUUUUUAAUUAUUAAAAGACCUUGAAUUUUGUCAACUGCUUUUCCUGCAUCUAUUGAGAUGAUCAUGUGUUUUUUUCUUUCAUUCUGUUAAUGCAAUGUAUCCCACUGAUUAAUCUUCAUGUGUUGAACCACCCUUGCAUCCCAGUGAUAAAUACCACUGGGUGGUGGUGUCUCCACGGAUUCUUUUAAUAUGCUCUGAAAUUGUUUGCUAGAAUUUAUUGAGAUUUGUGUAUCUACGUUCCUCAGGAACAUUGGCCUAUAGUUUUCUUUUUGUGCGUUAUCUUUUUCUGGCUUUGGUAAAAGAAUAAUGCUGGCCUCAUACAAUGAGUUUGUACGUGUUCCCUUUUCUAUUUUCCGAAAGAGUGUAAGGUUUGGUAUUUGUUCUUCUUUGGCUGUCUGGUAGAAUUUACCAGUAAUCCACCUGGUCCUGGGCUUCUCUUUGUUGAAAGCUUUCUGACUGCUGAUUUUCUUUUCUUCAUUUGUUGUUUGUCUGUUCAGGCUUUGUAUUUUAUCUUGACUCAGGUUCUUUUAAGUUGUACAUUUCUGGGAUAUUUUCAUUUCUUCUAGGUUAUCCAAUUUCUUUGCAUAUAAUUGUUCAUACCAGCCCCUUACUAUCCUUUUCAUUUCUAUGCCCUCUGUUGUAAGGUUGUCUUUCUCGUUUCUGAUUGUAUUUAUUUGUGUUUUCUUCCUUUUCUUAAAAGGUUUGUUGAUUUUGUUUCUUUUCAAAACGCCAACUCUUACUUUCAACGAUUUCUUCCCCAUUGUUUUUCGAUUCUCUCUCUUUUUUAAAAUGUAUUUUGCUUUUGAAGUCUUAUGCUCUACUUUAAACAGCUUACUAAAGUCAUUUUACUAUUAACAAAUACAAGGUUCUCUCAAAAACUCCCAUGGGGAAUAAAAACAUUCUCCAUCUCACUACCAGAAAACAAAGUUAUUCACAAUUUACCUUAAGUCUGUAACAAUGGAUCUUACUGUGCCUUAUUUAUUUUAGGAAGCCAUCAGCAGCUAUAGUUUCAUUUUGCUCUUUUAUUUUAAAAAAGUUAAAAGAAAAAGGUUACUACUGGAGUUAAGCUCAACUUAAAUUCAGGUUUUUUUCCUUGAGUGAGUGAUGCAGCAAAUUAGAAACCAAACUGUACAGAAAUUGCUUUUGUCAAAUGUACUAAUAUGACAUGCAAUUUAAAAUGAGCUUCAUGUGUCUUACGUAAUAAAUUUGUGAAAUGUGCAUGGAUCAAGAAUAAUUUCAUUUUAUCUUUUACUUAAAUUAUGUGCUGUUUCUGUGUGUGUAGGGAUAUCUUUUAAUUUCAAAAAUUUCAUUUAUUAAUAUCACAUUAUUUUUAUUAGUAUUAUACUUUUACCAAAGCAAAACUUAAUUAGUAUCUUGUAAUUUUAUUAACAUGUUACACAGAACAUUUUUAAUUUUACAUAUUACUUGUUUGUAUUAUUGCAAUCUAUUAUCUCCAUUUGGGAGCCACUAAUGGUUUGCAUUUGAGUAAAGAUAAUAUUAAUUGGGUUACUAAUUGCUCGUGAUACGAUUUCAGAAAGUAAACAUUGCUCGGGAUCUGGAAUAUCACAUGCCACUCUCAUUCUGCCUCAUUUCAGAUGUGCCACACUUGUUUAGUAGACAUGUCUGCUUCUUAGAAAAGGCACAGAGCAAUAAUUUAAAAAUGAAAGUUGGAAAAUGUAUCUUAAGACCAGUUCUAUCUUUUUUCUCUU